UCUGUUAUUAACUAUCAUUAUUAUUAAGAUUUUAAUACACAUUACAUUUUAAUACACAUUACAUUGAGUUACGUAUUUGACUUUAUUUCACUCCAACGUUUGUGUCACGGGCUACAAAGUGGAACCAAACAUGUCUUUGUUUCUUUCCUUUCUCCCUUUUGCCUCCUUCAUUCACACUGCUUAUUCAUUUUCUAGUCUGAAUUCCACAACAAUUGAAGGACCUUUUGUUCAAGAAUUCACUUUUCCUGCAAAUUCAGCCUUCAAUAGUUGUCAUGCUUCUACCAUUGUUGAGGUUGAGAAGGGUCAUUUUUUGGUUGCAUAUUUUGGGGGCACAUCAGAGGGUGCACCUGAUGUCAAAAUAUGGUUGCAGACUUACAAGAAUGGAAUAUGGAAACCACCUAUAGUAGCUGAUGAAGAAUCAAAUGUUCCUAUGUGGAACCCUGUACUCUUCAAACUUCCAUCAAAUGUUUUACUGCUUUUCUACAGAAUAGGCCAAGAUGUUCAAAAAUGGAGUGGAUUCAUGAAACGGUCAUAUGAUAAAGGUAUUACAUGGACAGAAAGAGAACAACUUCCGCCUGGUAUAUUAGGACCUAUAAAAAAUAAGAUAUGGGAGAGGGAAUGUGUCUUUUGGCUCAAAGUCACGCCCAGUUCGUUACAUGUGCGUGACACAGUUCCAUCUCACUUUGCCAUACGGCACUUUGCCACAAGAAUUCUCAUCCACACCACCUCUUUCUACUGAUGCAGUAGUUGGUUUUCAUGACUCAAAACUUGUAAGCUCUCUUCAACACUACUUGCCAUGUGAUUGUGAUUGAUCUCACCUUCUUAAUGUUUUUUAAUUAAUCAUAUAUGUGGAUAGUUGAUUUUGUAUACUUUCAGGAACCUCUUAAAAGUUUUCCACAGUUGCUAGUAAUGGCUCAUGAGUUAGGAAUACUUACAAAUAUUAACACAUUAUCUCAUAUGUUUAGACGAAGAAAGUGAAAAACAGAGCUAGUAAAAUAAAAAGAACACAACUCUGACAUACUUUGUAAUUCCAUUCUUUCAUGGAUGACAUUAAAGUAAGCUUCCAGCUUGUUGUAAACAGUUUCUCUAUCUUAAGAUUUGUACAAGUGAAGAUGUGUAUACAAUGCUUUCUCUUUUAACAUUUUGUUUACCUUUACAUUGAGACAGUGUA